UGCAUAGUCUAUGAAUUUUUGACAUUUCAGUAGUUUGUAGUAAGUUGUAAGUACCAGUAAUAGAUCAGUAACAUUUAUUGUCUACUGACAUAAAUAACAUUUUUUCCAUUAACAAUGGCACAAGAAGUCGAAGAAACUAUGAAACGAAUUCAGUCUCAUAAAGGAGUAAUAGGAACUAUUGUUGUCAAUUCUGAAGGUAUCCCUAUAAAAUCUACAAUGGAUAACACAACGACUGUUCAGUAUGCCGGGUUAAUAAGUCAGUUGUCGGAUAAGGCACGCUCGGUUGUAAGAGAUUUGGAUCCAACAAAUGAUUUGACAUUUCUUCGAAUAAGAAGCAAGAAGCAUGAAAUAAUGGUGGCGCCAGACAAAGAAUUUAUAUUAAUAGUUGUACAAAAUCCAAUUGAUUAAAAUUAUUUCAAAAAGAUAUCUAAUUUAAAUACAGGACACAAACUGGCAAUAAACUUUAACGUUAGUAGUUAGUAGAACAAAUUCGCGGCUCUUGAAAGAUUUUUGUACUGUUUUAUGUUGUAAUUAAUUUUCAUAAUUAAUAAUUUUAUUCACUUUCAAGGAAAUGAAAAAUGCUUAAAAAAGUGCAUUAGACACAGAGUUACACAAGCUCAAAAACCUUGAGUGAAAAACAAAACUAACAAAAUAAUCAUUGAAGAUCAGUGCAUAGUACACCUGCUCUACUGUGAAUAUUUAUAGUUCUAAGUUAUUGAUCAAAGUACUUAACCAUGAAUGCAAUUGUUAUGUGAGAAAAUUAAGUAAAUCUAUUCAUGUUUUAAACUGUAAAAUUCUGUGUAGUUGCUAGUUGUAUCAACUAUUUCUGUACGCCCAUAAAGUUUGAACGAAAGCAAUUGAACUGAGUG